AUGACUGGCCACCACAGUUGGGGAUAUGGGCAGGCUGACGGCCCUUCGGAGUGGCACAAAGUUUACCCCAUUGCCCAGGGGAGCCGCCAGUCCCCCAUCGACAUCGACUCUGCACGGGCAGUCUAUGACCCCAGCCUGCAGCCUCUGCUCAUCUCCUACGAGUCCUGCACCUCCCUCAGCAUCGCCAACACUGGCCACUCUGUCAUGGUGGAGUUUGAGGACUCUGAUGACAGGACAGCAAUCAGUGGAGGGCCCUUUCAGAAUCCAUUCCGCCUAAAGCAGUUCCACUUCCAUUGGGGGACCACACACAGCCAGGGAUCAGAGCACACCAUUGAUGGAAAACCUUUUCCCUGUGAGCUCCACUUAGUACAUUGGAAUGCCAGAAAAUAUGCAACAUUUGGAGAGGCAGCAGCAGCUCCAGAUGGCUUGGCAGUAGUUGGUGUUUUCUUGGAGAUUGGAAAAGAACAUGCCAGUAUGAACAGACUCACUGAUGCUUUGUACAUGGUAAAAUUUAAAGGAACAAAAGCUCAAUUUAGAGGCUUCAACCCUAAAUGCCUCCUGCCCUUGAGUCUAGAUUAUUGGACAUACCUCGGUUCUCUGACAACUCCACCCCUUAGUGAGAGUGUGACAUGGAUAGUGCUGAAAGAACCCAUAAGUAUCUCUGUGAAACAGCUGGAGAAAUUCCGCAUGCUGCUCUUCACGGGUGAGGAAGACCAGAGGAUCCAAAUGGCCAAUAACUUCCGCCCCCCUCAGCCUCUGAAGGGGAGAAUUGUUCGAGCUUCCUUCAAGGCCUGA